UCCAUGAUCUCUACGCGCUUUCAAGUCAAUACACUACUAUAUCAUUUACGGUGUGAAACUUCACUCUAAACUCAAUCUUCUACUUACAUUUCUUCCAGCCUAGCUACUUUGCUUGCAAGAAGCCAUGGGAACACGAGUUACAAGUGUUGUUGUGAUAUUGUUACUAUUUGCUCUUGUUUUCAUAGAAUUGGGAGUUGGUGUUGGGUUGCAAAUUAGUAGAGAUGAUCAUCAAUCAAAUGUAAGCUGCACAGAGGGUGAGCUUAAAGCUCUAUUCAAGUUGAGGGAAUCUCUCGUUGAUCAUUCAAAUCGUUGUUUGCCGUCGUGGGUUGGAGAAUACUGUUGUACGUGGACGGGAGUGGGCUGCAGCAAGAGGACACGCAGAGUCGUGAAGCUUGAUCUACACAAUCCAAUUCCGCUCGAUCUUUAUUUAUACUUCACUGACAGCAAUUAUAUAAAAAAAUAUGAUGCAGCCAGGUUGCAAGGUGAGAUAAGUCCUUCUAUUCUCAAUCUAAGGCAUUUGCAUUACAUCGAUUUGAGCUUUAAUAAUUUUCCAGGAACCCAAAUUCCAGAAUUCCUUGGCUCCCUUAAGAACCUAAGAUAUCUUGACCUCUCUUUUUCAAAUUUUGUGGGGCAAAUUCCCCCUCAAUUUGGAAACCUCUCCAACUUGCAACAUCUCAAUCUUGGCUUAAACUAUUUACAAGGUCCAAUUCCUGAUACUCUUGGAAGGAUGUCAUCUCUCACUUUUCUUGAUCUUGGUGACACUAGAUAUUCAGACUCCCCAAUUAUGCCUAGUUGGUUGUGUGAAAUGAGCAGCCUUGUUCAUUUGGGACUCCAAUAUAUAAGUUACCGAGGUCCAAUUCUUCCUUGCCUUUGGAACUUGACUUCUCUCACAGUCCUCGAUCUCUCUUGGAAUAGUUUUGAAGGUUCAGUCCCAAGUGAGAUAGGCAAUCUUACACAACUUACUGUCCUUGACCUCUCUGACAACAAUUUAGAAGGUGAAAUACCAAACACCAUAAGGAAUCUCUGCAGCUUGAGCAGUUUCCAUUUGUCUCAUAACAAGUUCACCGGAGAGGUACCAUUUUUUCAGGGAAAUACGUCUACUUGCCUCCAAAAAAGUUUAAAGGAGUUACAUCUCCAUUCAAAUAAAUUUAGUGGUUUUCUGCCGAAUCAGUUGGGAGAGUUUAGGAUGCUAGAGGUGUUUGAUAUAUCUGACAAUUCUUUUGAUGGUAUCAUAUCUGAAAUUCACUUUGCCAAACUCACAAGGUUAGUACGGUUGGACAUGUCCUCAAACUUGUUAAUUAUGAAUGUGAGCAUCCAAUGGGUUCCUCGUUUUCAACUCCAAUUUAUUCACAUGUCUUCCUGCAAAUUGGGACCCCAAUUUCCUCCAUGGCUUCAAACACAAAAACUUGUUGAAGAGUUGGUAAUUUCCAAUGCAAGCAUCUCAGAUACCAUCCCCAACUGGUUUGAGGAUUUGUAUUCUGGUAUCCACGGCUUAGAUAUAUCUUACAACCAGAUUUGUGGAAAGUUGCCGAAGUUUCAAGAAUCUAAUGCUAUCUAUGGGCGGUAUCUAUAUUUGAAUUCCAACAAGUUUGAGGGCCCCUUAACACCAUUUCUGUCAGAUGUCACGGAAUUAGAUUUGGCCGACAACUUACUUUCAGGACAUUUUCCUCUCGGUGAUGAUAAUAUUCAUUUGAAUUUUAGAGUUCUUUUUAUCUCAAAUAACAGUUUGACUGGUAAUAUUCCGAAGUACAUAUGCAAGGCCAUGGAUAUGCGAGUACUUGAUCUCUCAACAAAUAAAUUAUCAGGAACACUCCCUUGGUGCAUGGGGGACUUGGAUCAACUGGCAGUGCUUGAUCUGACAAAUAACUAUCUAGAUGGUCAUAUUCCAAGUUCUCUAGGUUCUCUGAGACUGCUCGAAUCGUUACACUUGCGUAACAACAAGCUUCAUGGGAAGAUCCCAUCUUUGCAGAAUUCGACAUAUCUGAACGUUCUGGAUCUAGGUGAUAAUGAAUUAACUGAUAUUAUCCCUUCAUGGAUUGGAGAAAUGUCUUUUCUACAAUUUCUCACUCUUCGAUCGAAUAAGUUCCACGGUUAUAUUUCUCCACAACUUUGCCACCUCUCUGCUCUUCAAGUGUUAGACCUAUCACAUAACUAUAUAAGUGGAAAUAUUCCUCGCUGCUUUGCCAACUUCACUACCAUGGUUGCGAAUCCCAAUGCGGAACAUACAGAGAAGUGGUAUCCACAAUACCAAGAGAGCAUUUUAAAUUACAUUAAAGGAGUUGAAGUUGAAUACACCAAAACACGCGCAUUUCUCACAUCUAUAGAUGUUUCAAAUAAUCAGAUAGUUGGAGAGAUUCCUGAGGAGUUGAUGGAUCUUAUUGGGUUGCGGAAUUUCAACGCAUCCAAAAAUCAUCUAAGUGGAAGGAUCCCAAAGAAGAUUGGAAAUAUGACAGCUUUGGAAUCACUUGAUUUGUCCACAAACAAACUUUCUGGUUCAAUCCCUCCAAGCUUGUCCGCUUUGAACUUCUUAAGCUACUUGAACUUGUCAUUCAACAACUUGUCAGGUCCAAUACCAACAGGAAAUCAACUCCAAACACUCAAUGAUCCAUCUAUCUAUAUGGGCAAUAAUCAACUUUGUGGAUCACAAAUCUUUAAGAGCUGCCCUGGUGAUACUUCAUCUGAUGGUCAUCAUCAUGAUCAACAUGUUCCUGAGUCGGAAGAACGUCUGGCAUUCUAUACUGCCAUUGGACCGGGUUUCUUGGUUGGCUUCUUGGGAAUUUGUGGCAUUUUGCAUUUCAAAAAGUCUUGGAGGUAUGCGUGGUUUCAGUUUGUGGAGAAUACUUUCAACAACCUACUGGUGGCAGUUGCAGUAAAGGUAGCUUGGGUGCAGAGAAAGUUCCACAAAGAUGAAAUGGGAGGAUAAUUUCCUCUCUAAAAUGGUUUUAAAUUCAGUUGAAGCAAAUGAGAUUCAGGUGGACGCUGACAGAAUGAGCAGUGGGUUUUCGUAUGCUGUCGAUGGAAAAGGAUCAGUACUCAAUAAAGUUCAGAAAAAUAAAGUUAGACAAUGAUAUUAUA